AUGCCUCUCAGGCCCCCUGUCUCUGCCGUGGCUGGCCAAGCGAUGAAGACUGCUUUCGACCAACUCGACCAGACAGUUCUUCCAGAGGACUCGCACAAUUUCUCUACUAUAACACUUGAAAAUGUGAAGAAGUCUGCGCUUGUUCUUGAGAACCAACUCGCCGCAAGGAAGUCCCUUCGUAAUAUGCGACGACUUCUACCAUUAUUUUCUGGCCUAGAGCAUUAUGCAAGAGUCGUGGAAGUUUUAUGCAAUGGGACUCCUUACCUGUCUUGGAUCUGGGCACCAAUCACAUUGGUGCUCCAACUUGCUUCCGAAUAUGUUGAGGCCUUUGAGAAGAUAAUCAAAGGCGAAGCCUUGAGCAAAAACCCCGACUUCCAACAGACUUUGGCUGUUUUUUACGCCGAUAUACUCCAAUUCCAUAGACAUGCUUACAUCUUCGUUCGUCGCAAGAGCUGGAAACUAUUUUUUCUUACGUCUUGGGGUCGCUUUGAAAGGCGCUUUGACAACAUCCUCGACGAUAUGAAGCGCCACGGAGAGCUCGUUGACCUUCAGGCCAAUGCGCAUGGUGUCUCAGAUAUCCGCCAGGUGCGUGAGGACAUCAAGUCCUGGAGGGUAGAAAGCCGUACCCGAAUGAAUGAAUGGAACAAUCAGCAGACCAGCAAGCAACUCGAAUCCAUUGUGACUUGGCUGAAGUCGGAGGAAUCAGGUCAACUGGCUAUCCUCGAGACUAUCCUGAUCGAAGGGGAUAAAUACGAUGGCACAUGCUCAUGGGCUUUGAAUAACACGAGGAUUAAAUGCUGGCUUCAGUCAAAACCAGAUCCCCCAGUCCUAUGGCUCCAGGGCUCACCGGGAUCAGGAAAAAGUGUCUUAGCCAGUCAAAUUAUGAAGUUCAUGAGAAGCGCCAAUAUGUUUCUCAUAAGCCACUUCUGUACUGACAGAUAUGCUUCUUCCACAACAUAUGACCAAAUACUAAGGUCGAUACUCAUUCAAUUACUUCGUAAGGACAGUGACUUAGUCGCGUAUGUGUACGAACACUGUAUGCUUGCUAAGAAACCCACUACGGUCAAAAUUCUUGAGAAGUUGUUAGGUGAUUUAUUUACUCUAACCUCUCGUGGGCCACGACGGGUCGAAUAUGUUUGGAUCGUGAUCGAUGGUCUGAACGAAUGCGACGAAGAUAGGCAAGGAGACAUACUGACUUUCAUUAGCCGUAUCACAAGUAGGAAAUCAGGAACAGAUGGAAUGAUUUGCAAGACACUUAUUUGCAGCCGAAAUUCACCACGGAUCGCUGGCAGACUGAGGGCAAAACAAACCGUAUCUCUCACAGAAGAGAGAAGCAACAUCGAACAUGCGAUUAGGGAAUAUGUAUCGCAACGAUUACGACGGGCACCCCUACAUAACAGAAUUUGUCAGCUUGAGCUUGCGACCGAUGAUAUUGGUCAUAUGGGGGAUAUGAUCACAGACAAAGCCAAUGGCAUGUUUCUGUAUGCUCGCCUCGUUCUUGAUUACCUUUCUAAGAACGUCUUCUUCAACGGCAAAGAAAUGAAGGCUGCUAUUGACGAGCUGCCGAAAGAAUUAUUCGAGUUUUACCGCAAGAUUCUGACACAGGUCUUGGUUCAACUAGACCAAAGGUCAGUGGAGCGCAUCAGGUGUAUAUUUGGCUGGAUCGGAUUCACGAGAAGACCAUUAAAGAAGAUGGAGUUACUUUCUGCCUUGACGUUCAGCCGAGGAGACCCAAACGUGACCAAUCUUGUCCCAAAGUAUGUCUUGGAUAUUUGCGGAACGUUGGUGGAAGAGAGACCAGAUACUACAUUAGCUUUCAUACAUAUCUCAGUCAAGGAGUUCCUCCAGUCGCCCUCGAGUAGCUUCAUUAUCAGAGAGAGCCAGAUUAUGACAGAACAUUGUUUAUCCAUCCUGGCUUGUCUGACAUGCGGCGCCGAUAUAUUUCUUGGCAACGAAACAGAACAUACCAAAGCUCUGCGUGUAGUAAAAGGCAUACAUGGCUUUCAUGUAUAUGCUACCGAGUUCUGGACGGAAUAUCUGCUCGACCAUGUAGCAACACCUAAUAGCAACUCGUUGAUUCUGGAUUUGGCUUCAGCCCUAGCCCAGAGGUUUGGUGGAGUAGAAAAUGCUGUGUUCGGACAGGAGCUAGACCCGCAGACAUAUGAAAGACUAAAAGCUUUAGAGGGGCAGCCUCAGCUGAAGAGGCUCGUCGAAAUUUUCCUGAAUGUUAGGUCUUCGAAGGGAUUCGAAACUAACCUCAUGAAUGAGUUUCUAUCAAAACCUGGAAUAUCGGUUCUUGGGGUGCAGCCAUAUCCUACCGCCAACUCGCCACACAAAGACUACAUCUCAAUGAUGCUGUCGUCUUACCAAGAAGUCGUCAGACUACUUCUCAGAGUCGAUGAAUAUCCAGAUAUAUCCGCUGAUGAUUUAGAUCUAUUCAAGCGCCAAUUCCGACGUUCGGCAUUUACGUGUCGACUUAGCUCCUGUCCACAAGCUACUGAAGGUUUCGUAUCGGAAGAACUGCGGCGCCAGCACGAGAUUGGCCAUACCAAGUUAUGCUUGUGUACCAUUCCGGAGUGCAGAUUCCCUCCAUUUACUUCGAUUAGGAAUCUUGAGAACCAUAUGGUCAGGUAUCAUCGCCCUGAAGUGGUUCACAAACCAAUAAGGCGAGUGGGUCAACUAGCCGUUUCAAGGCCCCAGAGUACACCGAAGCUGGAUGACAGCAAGACCUCAGCGUUGCUUGAAAAACAGAAUAUGGUUCUAUCUUCUCAAAAGUUGUUACAAGCCCCCGAGGAAACCACAGGGCUGAGGUUAUCGGGAUCAAUUAAAGAAUUGCCAUUAUUCGGCAACAAUCUUCUCGAUACUUCUCAACUAGAUAUAAUGAUUAACAGCCCCAUGAAGUUAGUUGGUUUCCGUUACUGCCGUAUCUCGGGUUGUGCGGGGGAACUCACGCCUGAAAGUUUAACAAGCCACUAUUGGGUCUACCAUCACAAGAAUAGGGUGUUGUCAGGUUCAAUCAUCUGCGGAUGUCGGGAGUGCCAUGCACAGUUUUCUAAUGUGGAGGAACUUCAAACCCAUUACGUGUUUCGCCAUACGAGUUUCUUCUGCAACCGUUGUCUCAACAAGCAGCAGGCUGCAGUUUUUAUUAGUGAGAGUGCUGCCGCCUUUGAAAACGAAUUGCGCGAUCAUUUCCUAGACUACCAUUCGAAGUUGGUUGAGAGAUGGAAGUGCGGGUCUUGCAUGACCACUUUUAAUAGCGCAGUUGACGUUGACCAACAUGCUCGUUCCGUACAUCACGAUUAUUGCGACGCUCAGGGAAUAAUGGUUAUUGAGGUGAUAGAUUAG